AUGGCAGGCCUACUAUUUCGUCCCCAGAAUGACAUUGACCCCAGCGUCAACGUCCAACAGCUAUCGUGCAAGCCCCAUGUGCCGCCGUUCGUCGGCCGCAUAGGCGGCAAUCAGGGCAUUGUCCUCGAUCGGGCCGAUCCAGAUAAUGCCGAAUUUCUGCGUAAAGUGCCAGAUGCUGCUCCAUUAAUGAGUGCACGAGAUGCCUUUAAUGUGCGCGGGUUCACCGACCUUAACCUCUGGCGAUUUGCGGUGGUGGAAUGCGUUGGUAUCAACCUCCCGGACAUAUCUGCUAUCUAUCAGGAAAUAUAA